AAAUUAUUUGCCAAGUCUUCUGAGAGGCCUUAGUUUCUUCGCUGCUCUGGGAAGAAUGUAACCUGCUGUUGCGGCUGAUUUCUUGCCGCGAUUAUGGGGCACGAUAAUUGGGCGCAAUUACCAGCGGAGCUGGAAGUUCAAAGUCAGGGUCAAGGGGCGCUCAGUUUUCGCUGUCAAGUUCAACGAGCCGUUUUGGGGGCAACAAAAAACUACAUCAAUAUAUACACCUUUUUUGGCAAGAAAGCCCAGUCGACAUGGCCAACCAAAAAGAGCAGAUCAUGGGCUGCGACUUUGAGAUCCGCGGCAAGGUUCCGAAAGAGGCCUUCGAGCUGUUCGCAGUGGCUCAGGCCAAGACUCUGGGCCUCCGGGGAUUCAUCACCCAGGUCUCCGAGGAGAAGUUCAAGGGUCGCCUGGAGGGCGAGGGCAAGGUGAUCGAUGCCUUCAAGAAGCUGGUCCUGGCCGCCGCCGAGUACGUGCAGGCCAUCAAGGAGUUCAUCAUCAAGAACCUGAAGGUCAUCCAGGAGUACACCUACAAGACCUUCGAAAUCAAAGUGGAGCAAAAGUAGACCAGCCCGAAUUUGAAGGCCAGGCCAUAGAACCCAAAAGCACUAGAUGUUGGAAAGAUCAAUUAAAAUUUAAAGCUAUUAUUUAUCAAGUAUUAUUACCCCCGAAAAUCUUUUCCUUUUGAUCAAUACGUUGCUGCUCUAUAAAUGUGCUUGAGAACAUUAUAGCUUGGUGGCAUAAAAAAAAAUAAAUAAAAAACAGCUGCAACCCA